AUGUCCUCUUUUUUACAGGAUCAAUAUCGGGGCGAGCGAGACAAGCGACUGAAUCGUAAUGAAGGUGGCUUUGAACAAUUCGUUUCCUUCGACAAAGUGCCGGAACUUGAUACCGAUCCUUGGUUUGAUCAUGAAACUGCGGCUGCCAAUCAGCCCUUGCAUGAAGGCUCAGAAGUGAAGUUGCUUAUUGCUGGAGGCGGCGGCCAUAGCGGUCUACUAACAGCAGUGAGAGUGAUUGAGGCCGGAUUUGACUCCAAGGAUGUGGUUAUUGUCGACAAAGCUGGAGGAUUCGGCGGAACAUGGUACUGGAACAGAUACCCAGGCGUGGGCUGCGACGUUGAGAGCCAUUGUUUCAUGCCUUUACUCGAAGAAACAGGGUAUGUACCAAAGCAUAGAUAUGCCUAUGGAACUGAGAUUCGUGAACACGCGGAGCGAAUAGCCAAGAAGUGGAAUAUUCAAGCACAAUUUGGCCACAAGAUCACAGGCAUGCGGUGGGAUGAACCAACACGGCGAUGGGAAGUCUCGAUGCUCCAGAAUCACAAGAAGGGCCGAACAACAGAAAUUCGAGUGAAGGCUCAAUUUGUUAUGCCAUCUUUUGGAAUCUUUCCUAUCCCGCAAAUUCCCAAGUUGGCAGGUUUCAAUGAGAUGCGGCGAAAUGUCAAGAUACUACAUUCCACUCGGUGGGAUUACGAAUUGACCGGUGGAACUCAGGCGCAGCCAGACAUGUCAAAGCUGAAAGACAAGGUAGUAGGUAUUGUGGGUACCGGUGCUACUGCCGUACAAAUUGUACCUCAGCUUGCAAAAUCCGCAAAGCAUCUAUACGUCUUUCAACGUACCCCAUCCUUUGUCGGCUAUCGAGAGCAAUCAGAGAUCACAGAAGAGGACUGGAAGAAGAUUGCGUACAAAAAGGGCUGGCAGGCAGAAAGAAUGAUCAAUUUCGAUGCCGUUCUUUGCGGUGAAGGCACUGAAAUCGAUUUAGUCAAUGAUGGCUGGACCCGAUCCACAUCAUUUUUUGCACUACAGGGGAGUGCUUCCGAGAUCGUCACCCACGAAAACCUUGAGUAUCGACAGGAGAUGGUGAAACUCGAUCUGGAAAUCGGAGAAAAAAGUCGGGCCUAUAUUGCGAGCCAAGUGCAUGACCCAAUCACUGCAUCAAAGCUGCAGCCAUGGUAUUAUGGAUGGUGCAAAAGGCCUACAUUCCAUGACGAGUAUCUAUCUACAUUCAAUAGGGACAACGUCACUCUGGUCGACUUGGAUGGCAAAGGCUUGGAAAAAUGCACUCCAUUUGGGCCGGUUGUCAAUGGGACCCCCUACGAUCUUGAUGUCCUAGUCUUCGCCACUGGGUUCUUUACGGGUUUGUCUAGUGCCCCUGGGGCUUAUUGGCCAUUCCCCAUAAUUGGGCGUGAUGGUAAAUCACUCGAGACCAAGUUUCGAACCAAGGAAUUUGCAACAUUACACGGUAUCAUGACGAGCGAAUUUCCGAACUUGUUCGUGAUUAGUCCUAGGGGUGGUGCUGUGAGUACCAAUUUUACAUCAGUCUUCGACAUCGCUGCGAAACACAUCGCAUAUAUUCUACGCACAGCAUUUGACAAAAUCGACGAUCCUAACAAAAUUGUUGUUGAACCAACAAAGGAAGCCGAAGAGGGUUGGGGUGAUGAGGUCGCCAAAAGAGCUGGACGGUUCUCGUUAGCUGGGCUAUGUACGCCUGGCUACAUGACAGGAUACGAAGAUGUGACGAAAACAACACCUGAUGAGGCCAGAGUCAAGGCACGAGGAGCACCUUUCGGUGGAGGGUUCAAUGGUUAUCGGCGUGUCCUUGAAGAAUAUCAACAAUCUGGAGGAUUACCCGGGAUUGUAGUUAGCAGUUAG